AUGAUUGCCGCAGACGUCCCAUCUCUUCCCGCGGGAGACUCUCCCGAUCUCAUUCUGGUCCCCGCCACACCCCAUGAGCGUAUUGAAUCGAUCAAGCUCAAUAGCGUUGCCUGGAAGGGACCGCUGAACCUGGAAUCGUACAUUGCGCGUGAAGACCACCUCUACAAUCAGCGCCUGACUCGUGAGAACCUCACUUGCUGGAUCCUGGUCGACCGUAACGAGCCCGAGGGCGAGCGGACUAUCCUCAGCUCUUGCGAAACUUAUCGCAAGAAGGCUCUGCUGGCCCAUAAUGGUACCGUUGAAGAUGUCAAGACACACGGUAUCGGGAGUGUUUACUGCCGGCCCGAGUUCCGGGGCAAGGGCUACGCCAAGCGUAUGCUCGAGGAGUUGAGCAGAAGGUUGGACACAUGGCAGAUGGAAAAGGAGUCCCGAGGACAGUCUUUGUUCACUAUUCUUUUCUCGGAUAUUGGCAAGAAAUUCUACGCUCAAUUUGGAUGGCGGCCGUUCCAAUCUUCGCACAUGUCUCUUCCAGCGGUUGCGAGGGAGGUGCUUAAUGGCGCGGUGGAGAAUAGCAAGACGAGAGCGCUCCUUGCCGAAGAUAUCAAGAACUCCAUGUGCGACGAUGUGACCCUCGCCAAGGUCCGAGAGUGUAUGCAGAUUGCUUCGCAGUCGCCUGGCGCCAAGAUUGCCAUCAUACCCGACUUUGAUCAUUUCAUUUGGCACUGGGCUCGUGAGGAGUUCUAUACGGAGAAACUUCUUGCGCAUCGGGCUCCUCCUACAAUCAAGGGUGCCGGCGAUGACCAGGCUCGUGUCUAUUGCGCGUGGAACCGCAAUUUUGGCGAGACGCCAGAAAAUAAUGUCCUUUAUAUCCUGCGCUGGGUGUACGACGAUCCCAAGUCGGCGGCAGAGGAGCAAGUCCUGAUUGAAGCGAUGGCUGGAAUUUUGCGGCGAGCUCAAUUGGAAGCCCACGAAUGGAAUAUGAGCAAGGUGGAGUUCUGGAACCCAUCACCAUUGCUGGAAAAGGCCGUGUCUCUUCUCGAUCCUAAAGCCGAGCUGGUUCACCGUGAGGAGAGUAGCAUUGCUAGUCUGCGGUGGACAGGCGCCGACCAAGGCUUGGGUAAGAAUGUGACGUGGUUAUUGAAUGAGAAGUUCACUUGGUGCUGA